GUGUGUUGGUAGGUUAACAACUCGAUUCUUUCGUUAUUCUCUUGAAAAAGUCAGUAAUGGUUCCAUGAUUAGGAGAUACUCAAAUUCAACUUCCAAUAUUAUAACUGCUAAAGUUUCAAGUGAGCAGGUGGGAUCCAAAUUAUCGUAUUUAAUGAAAUACUAUGAGUAUGUUAUAGGUCUUACUGAAGUGAAAGCAGCACAGAACAAAGUUCUGCAGGCAGAACAAGUAUUUAUUGAUGCUCAGGAACUUCGAAGAAACUGUCAACAGAAAAUCCAGCAAAUGACUGCUUCUUUAAAAGACAUCCACAGAGAAUUGGACAAAACUUCACGAGGAGAGGAUCAUUAUCUUACAUUAAUUAGUCAGGAGCAUAGUAUCAUUAAAGAAGAAGAAAAUCUUAUUGAAGAAUUUAAACAACUAGACAACAAUGAGAGGGAUUAUUUCUCUGUAUUAUCAUUAGCUGUUCAAGAAAGUCAUUCAAAAGAGCAGGCUCAAGCAGAGAAAAUGAAGUACUGGUCUUUCAUUAGCUUAGUUUGUGGAGCAGUGAUUGGAGUGUUGGGAACCAGCUUCAAUAAAUGGAUGAAAGAAUUUGCACAAGAAACUCCAGGUCAGGGUGACCUUCAAAAUCUAGUCUUUUUUCUAAAUAAUGCAGUAAAAAAACAGUACAUACAAGUGACCGAAUUUAUUGAAGAUAUUAAGAAGAUGCUUGGUUACACUGGAAGUUCAAAAAUCAUACCUGGAGAGGGCACAGGUAGUAGCGACAAAAUAAAUAUUCAUAAUGACAGACUGGAAGCUACAUCUUGCCAAAUUGUCUCUGUACUUGAAAAUCAAGAAAAGGUUUUGUCUCGAGGCAUGAAAGAGGUGAAAACUUUACUUGAAACUCAGAUCAAACUGAUACAUCUUGGAGAAGACAAACUACCUGUUUAUGUAAGAGAAGAAGUGGGGAGAGGGAGACAGGUUAAAGAUACAGAAAAAAUUUAGAAUGGAAAAUUAAGAUUAACUCUUUAGCCACUGUUGCUUUUAUUUAUGGUGCCUUUGCUGUAAUUUUUCCUUUAGUGAUGCAAUUUAUAAAAGGGUCUUAAACUUAAUGUAUUGUAAGUUUGAGAAAAUGCAGUUUACACGAAAAUAAAGAAAAAAUAUAUAAAUUGUA